AUGAGAUAUUUUGAGUGACAGCUGCGUAGUUUCACUUUCAUUUACCGAUCGGAUAUCACGCACAGGUUCGUUCAAAACCUUUGUCCCCUGAAUUCAAUGAAACCUUCGAUAUAUUUUGCUCAUGUGUGCCAUUGAUAACCAGCUGACCAGCGCUCGUAUCCAAAAGAAACAGUAUUAUUAAACCUGAUAUUUCAUCAUGCUCCUCGCCCAGUCUUGCUGUUUAAGCUGCUUUACAUUUGCAAUUUUAUUCUGUGGUCUUUUUGUUGGCAACCAUGGAAUGACUGUCGACACAGACACAAAUGCAUCGCCUUUUCCCUGGGACAAGAUAAGAUUGCCAGAAACAGUGAAGCCCCAGCACUAUGACCUCUUGAUACACCCCAACUUGACCUCCCUGACCUUCACCGGAGUGGUCCAGAUUCUCAUAGAGCUAGAGCAGGACACCAGAGCCAUCAUCCUUCACAGCAAGAACCUGCAGAUCUCCAAAGCUCAGCUCUUGGGCUCCAGACAUCCUCAGGAUCUGCAAACCAGUGAGUUUGAAGCCUAUGAACAGAUCGCGCUCUUCUCUGAUGGCUUCACAUUUGAGAAAGGAAACCAUGUGGUGCAUUUGGAGUUCUCCGCCAACUUAUCAGAUAGUUUUCAUGGCUUUUAUAAAGGCAGAUAUAUCACAAACAGCGGAGAGGUCAGGAUGAUGGCAUCCACUCAGUUUGAGGCGACACAUGCUCGAGCUGCCUUCCCUUGUUUUGAUGAACCUGCAUUCAAAGCUAACUUUACCAUCCGUGUGCGCAGAGAAUCCAGGCACAUUUCCAUAUCCAACAUGCCCAAGCUGAGAACUGCAGAACUGGCUGACGGGCUGCUGGAGGAUCAGUUUGACACGACGGUGAAGAUGAGCACCUACCUGGUGGCCUUCAUCAUCUGCGAUUUCCAGUCCAUCAGUAAAACAAGCCAGCAUGGAAUCGAGAUAUCAGUGUAUACGGUUCCUGAGAAGAUCAGUCAGGCGGAAUAUGCUCUCAACACCGCCGUCACUCUGCUCGACUUUUAUGAUGAUUAUUUUGACAUCCCGUAUCCACUUCCCAAACACGAUCUUGCAGCGAUCCCAGAUUUCCAGUCAGGCGCUAUGGAGAAUUGGGGCCUGUCGACUUACAGAGAGUCCGGUUUGCUCUUUGACCCUGAGAAAUCUUCUUCCUCGGACAAACUGGGAAUCACCAAAGUCAUUGCUCACGAGCUAGCACAUCAGUGGUUUGGAAACCUGGUCACGAUGCAGUGGUGGAAUGACCUGUGGUUAAACGAGGGCUUUGCCAAGUUCAUGGAGUAUGUGUCCGUCAACAUCACCCACCCUGAGCUGCAAGUGGAUGAUUAUUUCCUGGAGAAGUGCUUCACCGCCAUGUCUGUGGACUCUUUAACCUCCUCACACCCCAUUUCCACUCCAGUGGAGAAUCCAGCGGAGAUCAGCGAGAUGUUUGACGACGUUUCCUACCGGAAGGGAGCAUGUAUCCUGAACAUGCUGAGGGAUUUCCUGACGCCAGAGGCUUUCAAUGCCGGUAUUAUACACUACCUGAAGACACACAGCUACCAGAACACAGUGAACGCUCACCUCUGGGAAAGUCUUACCAAUAUCUGCACUUCUGAUGAAUUGGAUUCAGGGAGAUUAAAACAUGAUGGAUUCUGUUCCAAAAUCAGGGCUAAAUCUCCGGCCUCUAAAUGGUUCAUGGAGGACAGUGUUGAUGUUCGAGCCAUUAUGGACACCUGGACGCUGCAGGAGGGCUUUCCUUUAAUCACUGUGGAGGUCAAAGGUCAAGAGGUCACCCUCAAACAGGAGCGCUUCCUUAGAGAAGCAAACACUUCGAAGACUACAAAUGCGUCAAGCUUCCUGUGGCAGGUUCCUCUGACUUACAUCACCAGUCACAGUAGUGCAGUGCAGCGUUUCUUGCUGAAAAGUGAAAAAGAUGUGUUGUACCUGCCAGAGGAGGUGGACUGGAUUAAAUUCAACGUGGACCUGCGGGGGUAUUAUAUUGUACAUUAUGAGUCGAGAGGUUGGGAUGCUUUGAUCAAACAACUCCAGCAGAACCACAGUGUGUUCAGCAGCAACGACAGAGCCAGUCUCAUCCACGACAUCUUUCAGCUGGUCAGUGUUGAGAAAGUGCCGCUGGAUAAAGCUCUGAAUCUGAGUUUGUACCUCAGUAAAGAGUCGGAGAUCAUGCCGGUGACGCAGGGCUUUAAUGAGCUGGUGCCCUUUUACAAACUCAUGGAGAAGAGAAACAUGGAGGAACUGGAGAACCAGCUGAAGAAUCAUUUAGUGAAGAUAUUCAAGACACUGAUUGACCGUCAGAACUGGUCUGAUGAGGGGUCUGUAUCCGAGCGGAUGCUCAGGAAUUAUCUGCUGUUGUUCGCCUGCGUCCGUCGUUACCCAUCCUGCAUCAGCACCGCCACUCGACUCUUCCAGCAGUGGAAAGAAUCCGAUGGCAAAAUGCGGCUGCCCACUGACGUCAGUUUGGUGGUCUACACUGAAGGGGCGCGUACAGACGAAGGCUGGGACUUCCUGUUGGAGAAAUACAAGCGGGCCGUCUCGCCAUCGGAGAAGUGGAUGAUUAAAGCCGCCCUCUCUUACAGUCCAUUAGCUCACAAGCUUCAGUGGCUUUUGGAAAGAAGCAUUGAAGGAGAGAUCAUAAAAACACAAGACGUGCCAUCGCUGGUCAUCAGCGUCAGUAAAAACCCAAAAGGUUUCAAACUUGCCUGGGACUUCCUGAAAACCAACUGGGGGAAACUUGUGAAAAAGUUUGAUCUCGGUUCAUCUGCCAUAUCUCGCAUGGCGGUCGGAGUGACCGAUCAGUAUUCCACCAGAGAAAUGCUCGAUGAGGUCCAGUCUUUCUUCGGGUCACUAGCACAGGAUCAGGGCUCUGGGCUCCGCAGCGUUCAACAGGCCCUGCAGAAGAUUCAGCAGAACAUCCGCUGGAUGGACGGGAACGUCCCACUACUGAAAGCCUGGCUGGACAGAAACAGUCUAUGAUUGAGUCCUGACAAACUCUAGAGACUCUUGAAAGUGUGUUUAACAGGGUGUGGAACUCAAGACUGCACCUUGGGUACGGCUUUUUCCAAGGACCUUAACACUGGAAGAAACCAGCUCUGAUAUCAUGUUGAACAUGAACAUUUGAAAUGGCUGGAACAAAAAGCAUCUAAAGUUUUGAAUAUUAAUGCAAAAUAUCAACUCAGUGAUGCACCAAAAUUAAAGGAGUAGUUCACUUCC